AAGGACACCCCCCCCCCCUAAAGCCCAACAUGCAUUGGCGAGUGCUCUUUUAGUAUAAUUGUCCACGAAAUUGAAGUACAGUUUGACUUGACCGUUAGACAAAGAGCCGUUUUUGAGUGUCUCCGAGCACCACAUGCACAAGAUUUUCUUCUUGCUAUACCUAUAGAUGGGUUAGGCCAGCAUAUGUCGCCGGUGGAGUACCGUACUAUCCUUAAGUAUCGCCUCAUGAUUCCUUUAUUCCCAGUUGAUGAGGUAUGCCUGGUUUGUUAUAAGGCGUGUUUGGAUUCUUUUGGUGAGCAUGCAGUUCAUUGUAGAGAGGUCCCGGGGUUCAAAUACCGACAUGAUUUGGUUAGGGAUGUCCUUUUUGACAUAUUCAGGUGCGCUGGCAUUUCUGCUAAGAAAGAGGCACCCGUUAAUUUCUUAACAGACCCGUUGGAAGGGAGAUCAACCCUUCGACCAGCUGACAUUCUGGUCUUUGGAUGGGUAGGAGGAAAACACGCAUGUGUGGAUCUAACAGGGGUUUCCCCGCUUGUGGGCUUAGGGAGUAGGGCUUUCACAGUGGGUCAGGCUGCUUUAAAAGCUGCUCCGGGUAAAGUGAUCAAGCAUGAGAAAGCGUGCCUUGACAACCAGCACGUGUUUAUCCCAUUGGCUUUUGAUGCUUUUGGUGAGUUAAGUGCUGGUAUAUGUGACCUUUUCACUCCUUUUGUGUUUGUGAAUGCAUCUAGUAUUUCAUUUGCUAUUAUUUGCAAAUUCACGCUCCUCUGGACUUCAGAUUUAUAUUGA